AUGACUUCAGAUUCCUCCGCAUCAACGACGCCCAUGAUUCUUACCCCCGAUUCGACAGGGGCGGGAAGCUCGUCGUCACCAGACGUAGCAACAGCGAAGAAAGCGCGUCGACAGACCGCGUUCUACCCUAACAUGAACUCGACGAACAAGCCUUUGAAACCCUUCAGCCGCAGUGCUGCGAAACGCGGGAGCGUUAUGGCGUUGGGGAGCAUAGAACACUUGCAGCAUUAUUUCACCAAGACAGGGAUCGCUGCGAAGAAGAACCCAAAGCUAGAUAAACCGCACUAUGGGCUAGUGCCAGCCAUAGGCGGGACCUCACACGUUCGUUCACCGCCUUCUGUAGGGAGUUUACAAGAGUUCCUCCUACCACCAUCACCGGUAGUGCCCAACCCCCCAGUCUUUCCUCCCUUUGUCAAGACCUACGAAGUCAACCCGGAGUCUUUGCUUCCAGGUGUUAUUGAAAAUCUCUCUGUGGUGGCCCACGCUUGGUGCAUCGACAACACCACCCCUACUUCGACGACAAUCGACGUCUUGGGCAUACUACAAACUACAACUCGUGCCAUACGUGCAGUCCGAAACUAUGUUCUCUCCCUCCCAGACGAAUCCGCAGGCACGAUACGAUCCCAAUUCCGAUCCAAGAUACUAGGACCAGGAAAAUCUACGAAUCUACCCUCAUCCUCGUCCCCAGACCCUCUAACUCUCAUCCGGAAAUCCGCGUUAGAAGUGCUUACUGUCCUUCGUGAGCUGGAGGAGACUUGUCGCCUACCGCUCAGCGACGACGCGUACGAUGCCCAAAGCGACGGCGGCAACUCUCGCGGGGCUGAAGCGAUGGAGUUGUUGCCUGAUGAAUCCGAUAUUGGUAGCAUCGAUCAAGACCCAUAUUUAACAUACUCCCUCGUGCAGGUGGAAGGCCGAUUUGAGAGCAUUCCGGUUUGGGAAGAUGAGGAAGACAGCUCGUUUGUGUUUGGUGACGAGGAUGAUGGGAAGGAGAAGAGGGAGCCUUGGGACGAGAGACUCGUUGUUGGGAACGGGUGGUUGUAUAGGCAAGACGUGAAGCUAGAGGAUUUGGAGAGGGAGAGGAAAGUGUUGCUUUCAUAUGUGGAUGUUGUUGAUGAGGUGUUAUUUGGCGGGUCGAAAAAGGGUUUGGCGGAGAGGGGUUGGGAGAGGGAGAAGAGGAAGCUUAAGGCGAGGGGCGGUCCAAGGCCGAAGAAUCGGCGGGUGAGCGCUGGGGAUGGAGAAGGCAUAAGCCUUGGGGUGGUUUCUGAUGUUGGCAGACGGAGGGUGUCUACGGGGAUGGUGGGCCUCAUGGAAGGGAUGAGCUUGUCGGAAGAGCCGGAGCAGAUGGAUGACAUUGGAGAGGAUGUGGGGGAGUAUGAAAGCAUAGACGAUGACGAACUUCCGGAGUGGGCGCGAAAAAACAACUUUAUUGAGGAUAAUCUCGGUCGAGCUCACUCCCUUUUGCUAUCCUUCCUUCCGCCCGCACUCCAACCCGCUUUGCAGCCCUCUUCACCUCGAGAGGCCUUUCUUGAAAGCCUUUCAUCUGGUCAACUGCUCUGCACCGCGUACAACUCUUGUGUCCGGAAGUCAAAGAAGCCAUGGGGCUACGUGAGCAAGGACGGCAUCCACGACAUUAUAGCUUUGGAGAAAUCAGCGGAAGCUGACUUGGAGGGUGAAGCCAGCGCCGCUCCUGGAAAGAAGAGCGGCUGGACGUUUAGAAGGACCGACAAUCUGCGCCUGUGGGCUGGCGCGCUGAAGCUGCGAUUCAUGCUGCCCAUUCAAACUCCUUACCAACCGCUCAAGCAUGGUUCUGGAGCAAACAAUACUCCCGCUCCAGGCGCAGCCAUCGCAACUCCGUUGAGUUCUCCCGUCAAGCAGCGAUUUUCGGAGCCACCACUAGUUUUUGAUGCGAAGAUGGUGGCGAGGAAGGAAGAGGGUUGGGAUGCCAUGUUGGAGGAGGUGCUGAUGAAGUGGGUGUGGAAGGUCGUCGAAGAACAGAGAAGCAUACGAUAG